AUGCCUCCAUCGUUACUACAGAUGCCAGAUGUUGUGCUCAGCACGAUUUUCAAAAAACUUGGUCCUCCGAAAAGUUUGUGUGGACCUCAGAAAUUUCAUCGAAGAGCACAAACCGGAAUCGAAUAUAGAUCAUGUCAGUGUUACAGUAAACUUGGAAAGUGUCAAUCUUUCAAUGCCAUUCAACUUAUAAAUGUGACUUAUGCGAAACGAAACAAUGGCUGUUACAUUAUUGGAAAAUACAGAUAUAACCAAAAAGAGAUGCUAGUGGAGAAUUCGAAUUUUUGGGAACUUUUCCUCGAAGAUAUUAAAAUAGUGCUCAAAAAUCAAAAAUUGCCGAUUCCUCAUUUUUACUUCAUCUUCAAGGAAACAAUGGAAAAUGACUUCUUGCAAAAACUGGACCAAAGUUUAAAAACAUGGGACCACCCUGUUCCAAUAAAACGUUUAAAUAUGGGUACAGAUAACCAAAAAGAAGUGGUGACUCUAGUUUCAAAUAUUGAUUCAAAACUUUUGGAAAGUAUCGAAAUGUCCUGUGCAAGAAGUGUGAAAAUGGAAAUGAAUGAAAUUGUAAGAUUGGAGCAUUGGAAAAACUUGAAGCAGGUUGAAAUGAGCAAUUUGGUCACUGAUUUACCACUUCAUUAUUUUUCCGGUAUGGCGAGAGUUUCAAUUUGCCGAAUUUUUGUGUCAGGAGAGGAUGUUGCUCUUUUAAAAGAGAUGUUCACUCAAUAUCCUUCCAUGAUCAAGUUCCACAUUCAUGCAGAAUGUGUUAACAAACCUCAAUAUGAGAGAAUUCUCGGAAAAUCACAAGUUGGCCGUAGUGUUUAUGGUGGACGGUUGGAUAAGUGGCUCUGUGAAAUUGGAGAUGAUACAGUACAAUUUGCACUUUUUGGAUCGAUGGACAAUUGGUAUUUUUCCGUUAAAAGGAUUUCGAAAGAAUUAUUUUAA